AUGCCUAGUGUUGAUUCCGAUCCCAGCCAUGUAUCCCGUCCGUCUCUUCCAAAUCAUGUCUCAGUGGCCAAGUCUGCGGUACAAUGUCGAGCCUUUUCCGAGAAAUUUCCACGUCCUCGACAUAGACUACACUUGGUUAGAGAGCAGAUGAACCCGAGGGAUCGUUUUGUUCCCCAACGCUCAUAUUCCGGUAACACAGUUGCAAAGCACCAUGUGCGAAAGCUACCCGUGGAGCUGGCUGUGCACGAAAAGCUACUUCGUCGACAAGAAAUAAGCGAGGAGCCUUUCGGUAGUCGACGUCAGCAGAUGGCGGUACCUGAUGUUCAGUUAUAUAUCGAAGAUAUUUUGCAGGCACCACAUAUGGCACCGCACCUGUUGGAUAGCGAGGUCGACCCUAGACAAUAUUCCACGUCUCGACAAAGGGUCACACCACGACAGGUGAGUUUGGGAGCUGUCUGGAACGUCGGAGGAGCUUCCAUUGUGACAAGAGGUCCAUGGCUAGGCAUAGCCAAUGGCCAGACUGGGUAUUCGGGGGGCAAGGUGGCGGCGCCCAUGUAUUUUGCGCGUUACGAGUUCAAUGAGGAGGAUUCCUCGUUUGAAGAGACGGAGAUCUUCAGGUCAAGACUGGCAGCAGCCAUGAAUAUGGACUUGGCACAUCGACAAUUAGCCAUUUCCAAGGUAGCCACAUCAACAAAAAUUGGUAUUUGUCAUGCAUUGCCGCAUUAUGAAGAGUCGUUUCCCAUUGAUUGGAGGGACUGUGCAUGGAAGAGAGCCAUACCUAUCAUACCUGACACUCGUGGUAGACAAGCUCGGGGUCGACCACCAAUUUCCGCCAUGCCCUUCUGUGUGUUGUUUACUAGUCCAACGCAAGAUGAUUACUACCGUUCAGGCAUUUCUUACUGCCAUACUUCCGCGUUGCUUGCAGUCGCUGAGCUAGGUACUAUCAAACUGUGGUCGACGAUGGUUUUCAAAUGUGUGGCUGAAUUUUCAGUUAGAUGGUAUAUUGAAGACGAGGUGACAGCAUUGGCAUUUUCAUCUUCAAGCGGCCGUAAAAGCAUCCUGGCAGCGGGCACUGAAUGCGGGUAUAUUCACUUGUGGGAUACUCCCCGACUUCGGAAGAUCUUCACCUGGAGAUUCAUGACUCACGUAACAUGUGUGGCGUUCAAACCAACGACAACUCGGUGUCUAUCUGCGAUAUUUCCAGGUAUCGAAGUUUCUGUGGAACAUUUGGCUGUUGGCGAUGAAUUUGGCAUGGUAUGGUAUUAUGCAGUAGAGGUAAAUCCCCUUGAAGGUCUUUCAAGGGUGACUCUUCUAGCGAAUAUUAGUGCACACUAUACACGCGUAUGCUCUAUCACCUGGUCACCAGACAAUAGAUACCUAGCCACCAGUGGUGAUGACAACAUUUGUCUGCUGUUCGAAAUGAAACAGAUCUUGCAUAAUCAGCAUUCUUCGAACACAGCAAUGGAAUCACCGCCGAGAAAUGGAAUUAUCCCUAGGUUGCGGCUUCAGAAAGGUCGCCUGAAUGGGGUUUUCUCGCAAUUUGCUCGAAUACUAGGAAACCAUUCUCGCGUAAUCUUGACAGAUCCGGCCCCGAAUUUUAUGUCUGACACUUCGUCGGUAUCGGAACACAGUCAGUCUGUGAGCAUGGGCCGCGCGGAAGUUCCAGAAAGCAUCGCAUAUCAACGCGUCCGUGGUGGUACACUAGACAGUUCAGGUAGACCUCAAUUUCAGGGAAUCUCAAGGCUCCCUUUUCGGCGUGUCGCCUCCGCUUAUUAUCCCCGAAGGUUUGCAACAUAUGCUCAAACCGCAACAUACGUUCCUCAGGGUAACCAUAUACAUCGUUUUGAGCAUAGCGCAGCAAUUAAAGCCGUUGCGUUCGCUCCGUGGCAGCCAACGCUGCUGGCGACUGGAGGUGGCAUUACAGAUUGCACUGUUCAUUUUUACCAUGCACCGACUGGCAGCUGCUUGGCCAAGAUUUAUAUGUGGGCGCAGGUGACAGGAUUAGUAUGGAGUAAGACUCAUCGUGAGAUUACCGUUGUUUUGGGGACACCUCAGCAUGACUAUGAUCACCCAUACCGUGUGGUGGUGUUUGCAUGGCCUAGCUGUGAGCAAGUUACAGCGAUUCCAUGGAACAUAGGCAUCAAUGCGCCAUCAUAUCCACAUCUCUAUGUACCAGAUAGGGCUUUGUCUGUCAUAAGCAUUCCCAACUUCAGAAAUAUAAAGUUUGAGAAAGGAGAUGUUGACUUCGAUCCGAAAGAUGAGUGCAUUGCGAUCGUUACGCCCAAUUUUGUCAUUUGUUAUCGCGUAUGGCGCAAACCGCACAGAGCCUUCACCGGAUCGGCUGGUAUCAUGCACAGUGAGAUUCUGGAAGCGCUCGAUGGUAUCGAGAACCCACGAAACGAAGUCAUUCGAUAA